GUUACGAUGAUCGACCCCCUGCCUCGCCUGCUUCACCUCGCCUCUUUCAUGUUGUAUUUAGAGCAGUGGUGAAUACAGAGGACUUAUACUUGUCCGAACGGAACUCCCCUUCCCUCUCAGGCCGACCAGCAAUGACCAGCAACGAAUGGAUAACGUGCGGUUUCUGUGAGAAGCACUUUCGCAACGCCCAGGCCUUUGGUCAACACAAGGGUACUGCGAACUCGUGCCGCCGUAAGCAUGCUGCUGGGCGGGCUGUGCAGAGCCCUUCCAUGUCUCAGUACCUUUUCAUGACGUUGGACGCACCACAGCCCGCUCCUAUCGACGCACCUCCAAGCCCGUUGGCGAGUUCGUCCGGGCUUCCAUUGCCGUCCGAGGGCGAGGCGGACACCGUAAACUCCGACAAUGCAUCGUACGGUUCGAACGAAGACCCUCUCCCUCACCUGGAUGUGCUCGGUGACGCGCAAUCUGCUGACAUCAGCAACUAUGUCGACCCGGCGCACGCUCCAGCGCCUCCUAUUCUUAUCGCGCCGAACUUUACGCCGCCUCCGCACACACAUCCUCUCGUGCUGCGCUUCAUCCACCUCGUCCGCCUCGCAAACGGAAAAAUGGGGAUGACGGAGGUGGAUAUCAACAAGAUACUCCAACUCCUCAUGCAUCCGGAGCUCGCGCAGGCUAUCCUAUCGGAGUUCACCAACUGCAAGGAGCUCGAACGCUUUGAGCUUGAGCAGCUGUCGGGGUUGGGCCGCGGUUGGAGCGUCGCCACGUUCAACGUCGACGGCUUCAAGCCCCAGAUCCUGUUCUUCAGAGAUCCGGCACAGUGCGCCCUCUGGCUGUGGGAUGUGCCUGGUGCGCCCUGGGCGAACCCUUACCUGGCCAUCAUGCCGGACAUAAUGCACCAGGCGGACCUCGGGAUCUUGCACCACAUGAUUUCCGCAAUCCGCUCCUCCCACAAAGGCAGUCUCGCCACCUUUGACGAGAGGCUCACACAGAUCCGUGAGGAGACUCGAAUGACGAACCUACGUUUCCCUGAGACUGCCUAUUUCGAGUCUGGCGCAUGUGUCGCCGCCCACGAGCACCGCGCUGUCUUGAUGGUGCUACUUUUCAUCGUGGCAGACACGUUGGAGGAGAAGCGGCUGAGCGCGAUCCGCGCGUACCUUGAGUGGUACAUCUUCUGCGCUCAGCCAUGCCACACCGAGAGGAGCCUGUCGACUCUAGAGGAGUUGACGCAUAGGUAAUUUUAACUGCAAUGAACAAAUGCUUGAACA